AUGGGUUUGAAAAAGCUUCAAGAUUCGAACCAAGUGUAUGGUUUGAAACUGAUUUGGCUUUUAUUUUCUUCAAAUGGUUCUUUUUGGGUUGCCUGGGUAAAGAAGAGAAUUUUCCAGGGCCAGGCUUUUUUGGUUUUCAGAUUUCCAGCACGUAGGCAGUUGGAUUUGGCGGCGGGUAAUGAAACUGCGAGAUAUGCCAGACCUUUUCUCUCUUGCCAAGUUCGGAAUGGUCUUUCGGCUCUCUUUUGGCACGAUGAUUGGACAUCGUUAGGGCCUCUAAUCGAUAUCACCGGGGCGAAUGGGCCACGUGUCACUGGGAUCUCUUCCUUAGCCUCGGUCUCAAGUGCAGUCUCUAAUGGUUCUUGGUCUUUAUCCCAAGGAAGACAUCCUAUCUUGGUCCUUCUUCGUGGAUGCCUCCCUUUAGUUACACCUGAUCCGAAUUCAUCUGAACCAGAUUUUUACCUUUGGAGGAACUCAUUAACCGAGCCGCCUGGAAGAUUCUCUACUCAAAAGACUUGGCUCUACCUCCAUCCUCCGGCUCCUCCUGUGGACUGGUUUUCUGUUGUAUGGUUUAAAGCAAGGAUUCCCAAACAUGCUUUCCUCUUAUGGGUAAUUCUUCGAAAGAGGCUUCCUUCUCGCGAUCGUCUUCGUGGCUGGGGUUUAAAUGUUCCUAGUGAGUGUCUUCUUUGCGACGCGUCUCCAGAAUCAUCCUCUCAUAUCUUCUUCGAGUGUAUUUAUUCAACACAGGUUUGGCAGGCUUUCUUCUCGCAUCAUUCUUUAUCGUCUCCUUCCUCCUUAGAGGCUAUUGUGAACUGGGUUAAAUCUCCUUCUUCUCAUGCGAACCUGAACGGCAUUUGCAAGAUCAUCUUCCAAGCGGUUGCUUAUUUCAUCUGGAAGGAAAGAAAUGCACGUCUCCAUUCCGGGAUCUUUAAACAAGCGCCAGCUUUGAUUAAGGAAAUCCAGCUUCAAAUUCGGGCUAAGCUUGCCAGUCUGGAUCGGGUUACACUGCUCAAUCUUGCUCAGUCAGGCUCAGCUGUUUCUAACGGUUACGAGAGCUUCAUUUCUUCAUGGUAUCGUUUCAUCCAAAUCUGA